GGCGGCCAAAGCCGCCUCGACGCAGGCGAAUCGCGAGAGGGAGUGGGCGCGACGGGUCGCCGACGAGAGAGCCGAGCUCGCGCGACUCCGCGCCGAGGCGGAGCGGCUUCAAAUCGUCGCCGCCGCGGCUGAGACCGCGGCGACGUCCGCCAAGGAACGGUUCGAGCUCGAGGCGCGGCGGCUCGAGGACGACAGGGCCGCGGUGCGGGAGGCGCGCGAGGCGUUGGAGCGCGAACUCCUCCGAGCCUCGCAGUCGAGGGCCAUCGUCGGAACCCUCGGAUCGAGUCACGUGCAUGGAGGACCGAACGAACGCGGGAGGUUGAGCGGCGAAUCGAUGUCCAAGUCUCGCGGCGCUCACGGCGUCCUGUCGCAGGGUUUCGUGGAGAAGGAGGCUGCGAUGGACGAACGUCGCAAACGCGAGCGCGAGGAGCUCGAGGCGCUCAGGGCCGAGGCGGAUGCCAAACUCAGGCUCGCGCGCGAGACGCUCGAGUCGGCGCGAAAGGAGCGCGAGUCCGCGCGCAAGGAGUGGGGCGGGCUCGGGGGCGGAGUCCCCGGGGCGUCGCGCGACCUCAUGCCCCCGCCGCCGCCCCGGUCGGCCAUGCCCACCCCGCGUCAGCUCCGCCUCGACUCGGAGCCUUCGACCCCCCGGGACUUUUCGGACGCGCCCGCGGGUUCGGCGCCGAAGGGUGACCCUAACCCUAACCCUAACCCUAACCCCGACCCGAACGAUCCUGGGCCCUCGGGGGAUGCGCCGGGGGUGACGCCGGGCGACGCCGCGAUCGAGGCCCUCGUCGAUAACCUCGCGCGUCGAACCGCCGAGGCUGAGAAGAAGCUGACGCGCGCGGAAAACCUCGCGGCUGGGUCGCAGAUUGGCGGGUCAAAGGUGAACGUCGCGUCGGGCAUAGCCGCGCUCAGGAGUCGGCUGGCGAGGAUCGCCGUGAACAGCCGGCGGCUCACGCACGCCGUCGAAGAAGGGGACGGUCCGUCAAAGAAGGAGACGAUCGCGCAGUUGGAGCAGCAGGAGCGAGAGCUGGCGAGCUGGUUCGCGGAGCUGCAGAGUCAGCUCGAGGCGCUCUUCGCGCGGCCCAAGACGGCUCGGCGGAGCGCCGUCCGAAGCUCGUGGAACUGAGGACGAAACGGGCGGCGACGGAUAUCGCACAAGUAGAUUUGAAUGUGAAAUGAAUCGACUCUGAUGU